ACGUCACGUGACAUGAACAGUUACUCCCGAAGAAGCGGAGGAAGGUGUUUGCCAUCUGUCAUUAAACAGAAGAAGAAGAGGAGGCGGGGGAACAGGAAGACGAGUAGAGAGUUGUUAUAAGUUUGUUUUGUUUAGAAUUAGGAUAAUGUAAAGGUGGCGAUGGGACUGUGAGCGGAAACGUGCGGGUGUAGCUGCUGCUCUUCUGUCUUUUGUCCCCGCAUGCUCCGAGAGAGACGGCGUCGCGAUGUUUUCAACCAACAUGGAAACAAAAAGAGUGGAGAUCCCCUCCGGUGUACUGGACGACCUCUGCAGUCGGUUCAUCUUGCACAUCCCCAGUGAGGAGAGGGACAAUGCAAUCCGGGUGUGCUUCCAGAUCGAGCUGGCUCACUGGUUCUACCUAGACUUCUGCGUGCAGAACACUCCAGGAGCUCCUCACUGUGGAAUUAGAGACUUCGCCAAAGCUGUCUUUCACCACUGCCCGUUUCUGUUGCCUCAUGGAGAAGAUGUGCAGAAAGUCCUUGAACAGUGGAAGGAGUACAAGAUGGGUGUACCUACUUAUGGAGCAAUCAUUCUAGAUGAAUCACUAGAAAAUGUACUGCUUGUUCAGGGCUACCUUGCAAAGUCAGGCUGGGGCUUUCCAAAGGGCAAAGUUAAUGAAGACGAAGCUCCUCAUGACUGUGCAGUGCGUGAAGUGUUGGAGGAGACAGGCUUUGACAUCAAGAAUCGCAUCUGCAAAGAGAUUUACAUAGAACAGAAAAUCACUGACCAGCUGGUGCGGCUCUACAUCAUACCAGGAGUGUCAAAGGAUACCAAGUUCAACCCCAAAACAAGGAAAGAGAUCAGGAACAUUGAAUGGUUUUCUAUCGAGAAACUGCCAUGUCACAGGAAUGACAUGACCCCAAAGUCUAAACUUGGACUUGCCCCAAACAGGUUUUUCAUGGCCAUUCCAUUCAUAAGACCUCUGCGAGAUUGGAUCAGCAGGCUGAAAGGCGAGUCAGAUAGCGAUGAGGACUUUACAAUCAACAGCAACACUCCCUGCAAAUCUUCAGACAGCACUCGAUCAAAAUCACGCCGCCUCACAGGUACUGAUGCAAAUCCCGGUGACAGCUGGACAAAACAAAAGCCACAGAAGGCUGUGGGCCAGCUGAGCCAGUAUGAUCUGAUCCAGAACCCAAACUUGAAGAGCAAUGGAAGAAAAUGUCAGGACUCACUUUGUGUGAAGAAAGGAGCCAGUGACAAUGGAGCCAGCAACCAGCAGGUGAAAAUCAUAUUGAAAGAAGAUAAAAGACUUCAACCCAGAAGACUGCAAGACAGUUUUGAGAGAGAUGUGGCCCCAUGUGGUUCCAAUGGACACCAGACAGCCCACAGCACAGACUGUGAGCACCUGCUGUCCUCCAAGGCUUUCCUCAAUUUCAGAUUUGACAGAGAUGCCAUCAUGAAAUGUUUUGACUACUGACAUGGCUGAAGAAGCACUGUGCUAUGCCUGUAACAAUAUCAUACUACGUCCUCAGAGAAUUUUUCCACUCAGUACAGGCAGAGAUGUUACUGAACGUGACCUUUUCCUUCUUACCUUGGCUGAUGUGAACCAAUUUACAGGGAGUUGACCAUUUGCCAUUGAACACAUCCACCAACCUUCACUAGAGUUUAUUUGCGUUUUUAGAACUUGUCAAACCAAUGGGAAAUCUAACACCACUGUUCUGAAUCUGUUCAAGGUGUACUCAUAACUUCAUUCACUGAAAGCCUAAAAAUGAGGAUGGCUCACAGUUAAAUGCUCAUCUUUUAAAGGAAAAAGAUGAAAAGUUUUCAGAAUACUAUAGAUUUUAAGCACAUGAGGUAACUGAAAAGCCUGAAAUUCAACUGUUAUAUCUCAGUGAAUCUGGCCAGUGAAUCAGUUAGAUUUUUCAUGUUAUAUGUUGAUUUUAAGUGGUAGUGGUAAUUUCCUCAAUUUUUCCAGUUCCUAACUAUUUUCCUAAAUAGUUUUGGAUGCUGAAGAAAGGUGGUUAUUAACAGUUUUAUAGGAUUUAUUACAAGAAUUACUAAAGAUUUUGUACACAAGUUUAGAAUGUAAUAGAAUAUUGACUUGGGGUAAGAAAGAAGAAGUAGUCUUCUUCACAAGUUGAACAUCAUUAAAUUCAUGAUAUUCUAAUGUAUGAAGUCUGUGAGUGUCAGUAUUAAAAUUCAUAAUUCAAAAUCCAUAAUUAAAGCCAGACAUGACACAUUCAAAGGAAAAUCCCACUGAGAUAUCAUUUUAAGUGUGCACAGUAAUAAUAGAAUGAACCAAUUUGGUAGACCAUGUGCAUCAUACAUGAAAUUGCAAGCUGGACUUGAAUGUGAAUUUAAAUUAUGCUCAGAUUUUAGCUAAUUUCUAAUUGAACUAGAAAUGUCCGUAAUGGCAGAAUUCUUGUGAACACUGCCAGAGUCUGGUUUGCAAAUUUAUUUUCAUGCUCAAGUUGUACAUUGAAUUUAAAAUUUGAAAAUAAAACAAAAGUUUCAUAUUCAGUUUAUUUAUUGUAGCAGUGCGUUGCUCAGGAGGAGCGCACUGAUCCAAAGGUCAGUGGACUUUGAAGCCUUUGCAUUUUGGCAUUAAUUGCACAAAUUCCACUAAACGUGAAAACAUAAUUUUAACAUUUUGAAUUUUGUCAUACACCAUGCACAUAAAAAAGAAAAAUGACAUUUCAAUUUGACUAAAUAUUUAAAUGUUAAUAUUUACAGUUGCAGACUUGUACAUUAUUCAUAUUUUCCUGAAAAAGACCCACACUUAUGUUUGUCUUUUUGUUUUUUAGCAGUCUUGUAAUCCCAGGUGUAAACUCCUGUUGAGAUUUCUCAGGCCACAAGCUCUCAAUCAUAUUCUUCAUUAUCCACUUGCUAGCACAAUGUUUGGUUGGCAUGAAAACUUGCAGACUUGGGCUAUGGACCAUGAUGGAGGACCACUCUGUUAGACUGUUAUUCUCAAAAACAUUACAGAUGACUCUGAAAAGGAUCUAGCAGUUUGCAUUUUCUAAAGGGACUGUCAUACACACAAACAUGUAAGAUGACUGGAUGUGACAUCUCUUCUUGUGAUGUUUGUCACUGGGUUUUCUUCAUUAUUCAUUAUACAGAUAAUGAGCUCAAGUUUUGCUUUGGUUUCAAUUGUGUUUUGACUUUAACUGUGAAUAUUAAUAAAGUCUGUUUUUU